AUGAUCGUGCCGCCCGAGCGACAGAUGGCCAUGUUCUACGCCCAAGGGCAACUAUUUCUCCUACUCUGGCAGCAGCAGCAGCAGCAGCCUCAAGCGCCCGAGCCCGGCGUCGGCGGUCUCGGCACGCACCUGACGCUCGACCUCGGCGGGCGCAUCCGCUUCGGGCCCGACGUCGAGUGGAUCGACGACCCGAGCGACGUGGCACCCAACGCGGCGCGGCUCGACGAGGCCGUCAAGGCCAUCCGCGAGUACCUGCCGGGCCUCGACGUCGACGCCCUGGCCCCCGACUAUGCCGGCAUUCGGCCGAAGCUGCUGCCCACGGGCGCCUUCCACGACUUUGUCGUCCGCAAGGAGGACGGCUUUGAGGGGCUCGUGAGCCUGCUGGGCAUCGAGAGCCCCGGGUUGACGAGCUGUCUGGCCAUUGCUGAGCGGGUGGAGGCGUUGCUUUACAAGUAG